GAAGAAGAUUAUUCUACUUCCGGUGUCCCCCCUGCCAUUUGAAGGCUCUAGCAGUUUGUGGCUUUUUCCAAGCAAAAUCAAUCAUACAUCUGUUAGCUUCUUUAAACAGGUUUUCCAGUUGAAAGGGAUGUUUCGUAGAAAGCUUACAGCCUUAGAGUAUCACAACCCAACCGGAUUUGACUGUAAAGAUGAUACUGAAUUCAGAAAUGUCAUAGUUUGGCUGGAAGAUCAAAAAAUCAGACACUACAAAAUCGAGGAGCGGGGAAAUCUCAGGAAUAUUCCAAGCUCGGACUGGCCUAAACAUUUUGAAAAGUACCUUCAAGAUGUGAACUGUCCAUUCAGUGUUCAGGAAAGACAGGAGACCAUCGACUGGCUGCUGGGUCUUGCUAUUCGUUUUGAAUACGGGGACAAUGUGGAGAAAUAUAGAAACUGCAAACCUGCAACAGAGGCCAGUGAUGCUCAAAAGUCUGUGGACCCAUUAAUUAAUCUGGACAGCAACAAUCCAGAUUUUAAGGCUGGUGUAUUGGCUCUUGCCAAUCUACUCAAAAUCCAACGGCAUGAAGACUAUUUGAUAAUGCUUAAAGCCAUUAGGAUCCUGAUACAGGAACGUCUGACCCCUGAUGCUAUUGCAAAGGCCAGUCAAGCAAAAGAGGGUUUACCAGUGGCUCUUGACAAGCAUAUUUUAGGAUUUGAUACCGGAGAUGCUUCUCUGAACGAAGCUGCCAGGAUUCUUCGCCUGCUUCACAUCGAGGAGCUCAGAGAGCUGCAAACCAAAAUCAACGAGGCCAUCGUGGCAGUUCAGGCCAUCAUCGCCGACCCCAAGACAGAUUACCGCCUCGGAAAGGUGGGCAGAUAAAACCAUCUGCCUGGAGCGUGCCGCAGAGACCACAAGACAUGCUCUGUGAAUUAUGCUAGUUUUCAUUAACCACACACUACCGGUGUUCUAUUUGAAUCAUUUUUGUGGGAAUGCCAAACUGGAGUCUUUUUUUUCCCCUUAUCAUUCAUUUUCUUUGCCCUGUAAUAAAAAUAAAAAAAAUGCAAAGAUUUAUUACAAAAUGUAAUUUCAUUGUAGCCUUAUGUGGAGGGACUUAUGAAAUGCCACAUGGGUGUCCAUCAAAGGUUGGACUAUUUGUUUUUGUUGUAUAAUAAACCUUAAUGCAACACAAAA